CCCGCACCGCGCAGCUGCCGCCGCUCCUUUCCCGGUGCCUCCCUCUCCGUGGCACGCAAGCAAGCGAGGGAGCGUACAGGGAGACGGAGGGAGGGGAGUCGAGGAAGGGGUGAGGGGUAGACGAGGGCAGGAAAGAGGCGACGUCACGCUGCGCGAGCAUUUCCACAGAGUUACCGCGCUCGCGGGGAACGGGCCGAGACGCACGCGGGACGCACGCCGCCACCAACGCUCCGUAAGCUCCUGCUGCUGUCGCUGACGUUGUUUUUGCUGUCAUCGCUGUUUUGGUGGUGGUGUUGCUGUUGUCAGUGUUAUUCUCACGUCGCAAGCGGCCGAGAGGAAACUCGCAAAACUCGACCCGUACGCCGGUACCGCAUCUAACGGACGACGGGUACAGCAGGUGCUACCCGUCGUGCCCACCCCCCCAGCAGCGAGGAGAUAGCAGCGGCGGCGUCCCCGCAUCACCCGAGGCGCUGACCGUCGAGGACCUUCGCCCCCCCCAACAUGGUUGCAGCGCGAGCGGGCCCCGCGUGGCUGUUGACGGCCGCGUUCCUCCUCACCCUCGCGGCCACGGCGGCCUUGAGCACCGGCGCGGGGCGGCGGCAGCAGCAGCAGCGCUGGAGCAGCCCGGCGGUGCCGCGCCGGCCGCGCCAACCGCAAUUCUUUCUGGAUUUCGCGGCGGCGGAUGAGGCCCUGGAACUCUCUGGGGAUGGCACAGACUCGGGGUAUUUGCCCGGGGGCUCGGGCUACCCCGGGAUACGUCCGCCGGUGGCGCCCAAACCACCGGCGGCGCCCAAACCACCGGCGGCGCCCAAACCACCGACCUCCCCCGUGGCGCCCCCUCAGCCCCCCUCCGUGGGGUGCCCCUUCGGUUGCCAGUGCAGCCUGCGUGUGGUGCAGUGCUCCGAUCUUGGCCUCAAGUCGGUGCCGGCCGGCAUCCCGAAGGACGCGCGGAUGGUCGACCUCCAGAGCAACAAGAUCACAGAGAUCAAGCAAGACGACUUCAAGGGCCUGGCCCAGCUGCACGCGCUGUUCCUGGUGAACAACCUCAUAGCGAAGAUACACCCCAAGGCGUUUGCGCCCAUGGUGAGCCUGGACAAGCUCUACAUCUCCCACAACCGCCUCACGGAGGUCCCCACGGGGCUACCGCCCUCGCUCAUCGAGCUGCGGGUCCACGAGAACUUAAUCAAGCGCGUGCCCAAAGACACGUUCAUCAACAAUGGGCAGCUCCACGUCAUCGAGCUGGGCAAGAACCCGCUACCAAGCUCGGGCAUCGAGGUGGGCGCCUUCAACGGCCUGGACAAGCUCACCUACAUCCGCAUCUCCUACUCCAAGCUCACGCAGCUGCCCAAGGAGCUGCCAAACUCCCUGCUGGAGCUGCACCUGGAGGGAAAUGAGAUCGUUGCCAUUGAGGAUGAAGACCUCUUCGGGUACCCGUACCUCUUCCGACUGGGCUUGAGCUACAACAAGAUCACAGAGGUGCAGAAUGGCAGCCUCGCCGUGAGCGGCAACCUGCGCGAGCUUCACCUGGAUAACAACCUCCUGGUCAGCGUGCCGCCGGGCCUGUCCAAGCUCCGCAGCCUCAACGUGGUCUACCUGCACAGCAACAAGAUCAAGGAGGUGAAGCCCACCGACUUCUGCCCAACGGUGUUCAGCCCCAAGCGCGCCCAGUAUGCCGGCAUCUCGCUCUACGACAACCCCGUCAAGUACUGGGAGGUCCCACCCAGCGUCUUCCGCUGCGUCCACAACCACAACGCAAUCCACUUUGGCAGCAACUACCGCAAAUAGCCGCCGCGGCCUGCGCGGGCCGCAUUUACACUCGCCGGGUAAUCCGGCAACCCAAGCGGACACUUACACGGGGACAACUAGACAGCCGGUUAGCCAGUCCCCUAGCCCGCCAGGUACACAGCCAACCAGUCUUGCAGCCAACCAAACAGACGCUUACAAAGCCAGCUCGCCUGCUAGCUUGCUAACCAGCCAAAGAGACAUACAAAGCCAGCCAGCCAGCUGAACAUAUACUUACAUAGCUAGUCAGCCAGCCUGCUAACCCGCUAGCCUGGAAGCCAGCUAGUCUUCUGGCUAACUAACCAGCUACACUUACACAUCCAGCCAGCCCACCAGCCAGGCCACCAGCCAGCCAAAGAGACGGAUAGAGCCAGCCAGCGAGCCAGCCCAUGCGCACCACCCAUGCCUGUCGAGCGCCGCGAGCACGAGCGCCCAAGUCGGUUAAAUCGAAGCGUCCGUUUUGAAAGAAACAAAACAAAAUCAUUCCAAUAAUCGCUAAAAGUCUGAGAAAGGCGGUAGUCACCGCAUCGCGCGCUCUCAGAUGCGCUUCUGCAGCUGUCUGGAACACUCUUCCUUCCGAUAUUAGGAAACCACUGGAGCCACGCACUUUUAAAAUCUACAUUGAAAACUAAUUUCUUUAGAACUGCUUUGUGUGUGUUAGUUUGUUGUCCUUCUCCCGCACUCUCCGAUUAGCGUGAUUGGCUACGUACGGUGCGAGAGAAGUUCAACACACACACGUACAAAGUGAUGUAAAGGGGUAGCGUAGCAGACACAGCUGUUAACCAGUGCUCAUGGCACCAACUCCCGCGUCAAGUUUCACACCGCACCGGUAAAGUCAACCAUUACCUUGCAGUCCCCUGGCCACUGUAUGCCAACGUCACCGACCACUGUGUGCCAACGUCACCGUCCGCAGUGGAAACCUUGCCCGCCAAGUCACUGAAUUGGGAAACGCACAGCUAUCGUCAUCCGCUUUGUUUGGUUCGAACACCCGGCAGGACCCUCCUGACACUCGACGAGGCUUUCCUGGGAUAAAGAGAAUAACAAUAAAUCAUAAUACCAUGAGUAAAUUUUCCUAAAUGCUGUAUGGUAUUUAACAGCUAACCAAUCGGGCAAGCAUUCGCUACACCCUUACAUUUUAACGGCCGCGUUACUUUGAACUCCCCUGCGAACACUCGGUCCAAGAAAAAAACCGAGGAGGGGGGGCAGUCUUGCAAACCCGUGAAAGCUUCUUCGCGAGAAUCCUUUGCGAAGCACCGACCAUUCUUCAAAGUCAAGAACACACUUUUCCAAAUCGAAUGCAAACUAAACAAAUAGCGGCCCCCCCCCCUCGUGGGGUCUCCCCCGAAGGUCACAUGACCGGCUCCAUCCUCCUCCACGCGUGUGUCAAAUGUUUUUCCGCCUCGCGAUCUCAAAGCGGCGUGGCACCGUCGCUCUGCGUGGUGUACGCGCUGUUCCACGCCGACUUGAAAUCGCCGUACAUUAAAACAGGGUUCCGGUACGCGCGUAAGUAAAGUAAAAAAAAAAAACAACAAAGUCGGUGGCCGACAACGUUCCCGGACUCACCGCGGACGACAGCCGUACGAAGGACUCGCGCGUUCGGUCGAUGCGUGAAACGAGCUCCAUUAUGGUGGAGCUCGUAUGGAGCGCUGCGCAGGCCUGGCUGCCCUUGGCCUGCCAAGUGAAGCGACCACCCCCCGCCACUACCCCCCCCCCCCCCCAGCUGCGCGCUCGCUGGAAACGCAACGAUAAACUGAUUCCAAGUAAUAUCGGUCCUCGCGCUCAUGACACGCGUGCAUGCACUCGCGCUAAACGCGAGCGUCAGAAUCCAUCGCGAACAAAUUACGGAAACGAUAUGUGAAGAAUGAGGAUGCUGUGGCAAUGCGCUGAUAGGGGGCAAAAUGGAGAGAACAAAAAACGGCACAAAAACCCCCAAUGGGACCCAAAGGAGGUGACACGAACGAGCCGGUCGACAUUAAGAAAAAAAGCGAUUCACAAAAAUAACUUAAACUGCAAAAAAAUAACCAUUUGCCGAUAUCGCCACCCCCCACCGCUAGCGGCAGACUCACGCCCACGUUUAGGCCGGCGAUGCGUUCACACCGUGUGCCGGCACAAAGACAGCUGUCAUCAUCCCAGUCUCCCCCACCUGCCCCCCAGGCUCAACAACAAAAACCACAACAGUGGGACAUCGUAAUGGUUGAGAUGAGAUGUGGUGAAAAAUAAGAAUAGGUUUUACCCCUUUUCUGGCAAAAAGGGUAAAGCCUAUUCUUAUUUUUCAUAGUUUUGGAUAAUGGCGAAAGGUGCCGUAGAUAUGGGAUGCGGUGAUGUAAUGCGACCGCAUCCCAUAUAGGCAAAACCCCUAAAUCCUCCCGAGUGAGGGACAAAAAACCUUGGUGAUUCUACGACAUGAACUGUGACCACAAACUGUGACAAUCCCGUCGCAGAUCGCCACACUGGCUUCACGCCCAGGGCUAUCACGAUUACCGCGUGAUAAUUAAUUAACAAUUUGCAUCCUGAUGAUGUGUGGCACCCCUUAGUGGCCGCAGGGUUAACGGUAAUCGAGGACGCUCGUCAAAACGCCGAAUCAAAAGACCACUCGAUUCCUGUUCACGCAAUACCGCGCGCGCACCGAGUGUGCGAGAACUGUUUCUUCUAUCGUUUAAUCCCAACGUGCGCUAUCGGCAUCACGAGAUGGAGGACCCAUUUCUGAAAGCUCGCAGGGCAGUGCAUCGCCACCUGUGCUCGCUGCAACCCAGCUGCCCGGCACUCCACUCAUUGUGAGUGUCACUCCUCCGCCCUCCGCUAUCGGCAUAAUGAGAUGAAGGACCCACUUCAGAAAGCUAGCAGGGCAGUGCAUCAUCACCCCUCUCAUGUUGGAGAAAAGCCCGUGGAAGCGGAUGUUGCAGAGCUACCUCUGAGAUCCCUUCAGAAAUGGCCACCAGACACAGCAGGGGGCAGCACUUUCCCAGCCGCUUGGCGUACAAGAGUGAGUUUUUUUCGUAUGACAUCAAAGCCACAUGCAGUCUGUAUCUCAUAACGUGGCAGCAGUUCCCUUCCUGAAGAACACCGCGUUUUGGACAAAAAUAAAUAUAUAAAUAUGGGGUGUAAAGCACAGUCCACGAUACCAUGUGAGAAGCGAACGCAGGCCGAACAGACUGAGGCGCCGUGGGUAGCACCUAGAAGCAUCCAGAAGCAUCCCAGUGCCUUGUGUGAUGGUAAGCCGGAGGCAGCCGUGCGACCGCUUAUUCCUACACGCGCGGCGGAGUUCCGUUCAUUCGAUCGCGUUACAUCCAAUUCGCAUCCACUUUUUCACAAAAAAUGUGUUCCCUAAAUAAAUUGACCAUCGCGUCAUAUCCGAUUCGCGUUUUACGAAAACAACGUGCAUUUGUAGGGGAACGGACCGUAUUUAAUUUUCAGAGCUGGAUUUUUUUUUAUCAAAUUAAGUGCGGCAACCGGGCAGAGACCAAUGGGCUCGCUGCGCUCGAGAGCCCAAGCUUAAUGGCAGGCGGCGCUGGAACCCCCCGAAGGGGAUGCGAACCCAGGUUUGUGAGCGGUGCCGAGCCUCAUGAGCUCACAGACCCCCAGAAGAGUGCACCGUCUCUUUUAAUCCAGGAAGCUGCCGCGGAAAAAUAAUAAAAAUCACACCCGGGUUUUAUUUACGAACGCUUAAGACACCGGCGCUGCUUUGCUAACACAGCGAUGUAAAAAAACGCUUGCGCUCGGGUUAAUAGCGAGCCGUCAAUUUUGUGUUCAUACGAUGACCGUGUGGCGCCGGCGGGGGGGGGGGGGGGA